CAGUUUCCAGAUAAAUUCUAUUCUCUAUAUUCCGGCGAGAGCGCGACGAUAAACUAGCCCCCAAUUCGUGACAAAUUGCAAAUAAUUUCGCGUUGUAACAUCUUUAACCGAUCGGCAGGCGUUUGCAGUUGCUUUACCGACGGAAUGCCAAUCAGUCGCUCCAUAGCUCGGGUUCCGCUUGGAUAAAUGCCAAAUUUUAACUAGUGUUUUGUGUACAUGUUUGAAAGUGUUUAAUUAAAAUUGCAGCAAAAUGGUCCGCAAGUCGUGGACCCUGCCACGCCUCUCGCAGUCGAGUGUGUCCACCCACAGGCUCCUGGGAUCCGUACGUUUAACCUACGCAAUAUGCGCCUUCUUGGCCAGUAGCCUCCACGCUGCCAUGAGGAACAUGCUCGGCAUGAUCAUCCUGAAAAUGGUUAUGCCACGGCCGGAGGAUGCACUUGAUAUUCCGGCAGAGCUGUCUCGGAGGAGUGGGAGCAAUAUCACGACAAGCCCUCGGUCUAUUCUUAAGCCACUGAUCCAAGAAACUCAGACAGGCGACUUGCCUUGGACCCGUAACCAGGAGCUGACUUUCCCUGGGGUUUACUACUACGGCUACGUGGGUUCCAUCUUAUUGUCCGGCUAUCUGGCGGAUCGAUGUAGCAGCAAAGUGCUCUUCAUCGUUUCGCUGGCCUUCGAGGGGCUGACCUAUAUCCUGCUCCCAGCGAUGGCCCAUUUCAGUUACGAGAUGGCGGUGGUUAAUCUGGUCAUUUGCGGUCUGCUGGCGGGCUGCGGUAACCCGGCGAUCUACAAACUGUUUGUCACCUGGGCUCAUCCCACAGAGCGCACGGCACUCCUGUCCUUCGCCUACAGCGGUUUGCUGAUGGGAUCCAUGUUGGUUUACCCGGUGGCCAGUUCUCUGAGCAACUUUGGCUGGGAGCUGCCCUUCUAUGUGGUGGGUGGGGUAGCGUUUGUUUUUGGCAUCGCCUGCUGCUUUCUCAUCUACGACACUGUGCAGCAGCAUCCUCGCAUCUUGGAUGAGGAGGUGGACUACCUGCGACCAGGAAACAUCCAUUUAGGGACUCAGACACAGCAGGUGCUAAGGAUUCCGUGGAAGAGCCUGCUGACCGCUCCGGCCGCAUAUGCCUUCGUCCUGACCCACAUGUUCCACACCUACAGCUUCCUGGUGAUCAAUCUGCUAAUGCCGCGAUUCAUGCGCGAGGCCAUGGAGUUCGAUCUGGCCAAAGUGGGUUACCUCGCAUCGGCUCCCUAUCUGGGCGGGGCCUGCUCGAAGGUGGUGUGCAUCCUGGGUGGCAGCUACGUGGAGCGUCGCGUUGGUCCCGACCAGAGCUGUAUGCGACGAGUGCUGUAUGGAAUAUGCAGCAUUUUGACCACUGCUUUUAUUGGAGUCAUCAUCCUGGCGGAUAAGGACGACAAAAUACUGGUCCUGGUGAUGUUUGCCCUCAUAAUGGCCUCUACGGAUAUUGGUUUCAGUGGGUACUGGCCCACGCUGCUCUACUUUGCGCCCUCUUUCGCGGGAUUACUUUCGGGAUUGGCCAAUGGAAUGGCUCAUCUCUCCGGGUUUCUGGCUCCUCAUCUAGUCGCCGCUUUGGUGCACACUGGCAGCAAAGGCGAAUGGAAUGUGGUGCUAGUCACGCUGAUUGCUUUCAACACGAUGGCCAUGUUGGUGUUUGUGGUCUGCAGCAGUACCAACCUUCAGUCCUGGGAUCCCAGUGGCCAAAAGGAGAAGUCUAGGUCGACACCAGCCAAACAAAUUAGUAGAUAG